AUGGUUCCCGGGAACGAGACCCCGAUCAGUGAGUUCAUCCUGUUGGGUCUGUCUGAGCGCCCAGAGUGGCAGCUGGCCAUCUUCGGGGUGAUCCUGGCCAUGUACCUGCUCACGGUCACUAGCAACACACUGAUCAUCACAGUCACCCUGAUUGAUCCCAAGCUGCAGACCCCCAUGUACUUCCUGCUCGGCCGGUUGUCCUUUGUGGACAUGGCCUUCGCCUCCAUUACUGUCCCGCAGAUGCUGGCCCACCUCCUUUCCACCAGCAAGUCCAUCCCCUUCACCAACUGUCUGGCCCAGCUCUUCUUCGUCUUGCUGGUCGGCCCCAUGGAGGGCUACCUACUGGCUGCCAUGGCUUACGACCGCUAUGUGGCUGUCUGCAACCCACUGCGCUACACCACCCUGGUGAGCCGCGGCCUCUGCCUGCGCAUCAUUGUGGGGUCGGGACUCGUGGUGCUUGGGAAUGCCUUGCUCAACACUGUGCUCAUGAUGCGACUCUCCUUCUGCUCCCGCCACAUCCUGCAAUUCUUCUGUGACAUCACGCCCAUGCUCCAGCUCUCCUGCAGCCGCCCUUUCCUCAAUGAGAUGCUCAUCUUCACUGAGGGCACGGCCAUCAUCCUGGGGCCUUUCUUCUUCAUCCAAGCUUCCUACGCCCGCAUUGGGGCCGCUGUGGUACACCUGCACUCGGCUGUGGGGCUGCGCAAGGCUGUGUCUACCUGCGGCUCUCAUGUUCUGGUAGUGACACUGUUCUACGGCCCAGGCAUGCGCAUGUACCUGCACCCGGCAGCGAGUGCUUCUGAGGGCCAGGAGCGCCAGGUGGCCAUCUUCUACACCCUGGUCACGCCCAUGCUCAACCCACUCAUCUACAGCCUGAGGAACCAUGAGGUCCAGGGUGCCCUAAGGAGGCUGACCUCCAAGAGGGCAGCUGCCAGCCUCUAG